UUUGGGAUUAGUCUUCCAAGUACGGCACCCGCGAAUAGUCGAAGGUUUUUUUUCUUCGUUCGAUUCCUGGACUUCAUUCCAAGUUCUGUGGGGUUUGCGCGAAAAUCGCUUGAUUGAAAAUUAGUACCUGAAUAAAAGGUAAAUACGCGACGCGACGUCCUAGCCGUCGUCGAAGGUGCUAGACAAACACUUCGGUCUGAUCCAGUGUCGUCGUCGUUGUUGUUGUUGUUGUUCCAAUAAUCUCGAUUCGGUUUUAAGUAAAGCUAUGUUCGAUUGCGAGCGAUUAGAAUCGGAAAGGCCUUCUUGGAUGAAGGAGCUUUGGUGGUGAUAACGAGACAAACGCAAGGCCGCCUUUCUCGAGACUCCUCGUUUUUUUUGUGUGUUGUUGUCAUAGUAAACCUUACUUCAAGUGUGUACUUAACAGGUACUUAUAGUACCAAGGAAAAAAAUUGAAAAAAUACCUUAAAAAUAGUUAAAAAGUGAACACGAUGAGUUUCGCCCAGAAGAAGGGUUUCCCGGCACCGGCCAUAGACAUCGAAUCGCCGGAUUCACGUGACGAUCAGAAGCUGCUGCUGAGCAACAGUCCUCCAUAUGAGAAACUUUCCCCCCUGGAUGGACCCUUCCAGCAUUACGGAAAUGGAGGAACGCAACCAACAAUCGUCUCGGCGUCGCAGCAGCAGCAGAAAAACGACGGCAGUCCUGUGACGCCGGUUUCGCCGCUCAUCUACACGCCCCGAUCGCCGACGCUUGGCGGAAGAAGGAGUCGAGCUCUUCGUCCAGGAACCACCCGAAAGUAUCGAAAGCGUGCAAUUCUAAAAAGUGGCGAGUGCAACAUUUUUACCUCGAAGGCCUCGAACCAUAACCUGCGAUUUCUUCAGGACAUUUUCACCACCCUUGUCGAUGCUCAAUGGCGUUGGACUUUGCUAGUGUUUGCCUUCAGCUUCAUCGGCUCGUGGCUGUUCUUCGCCGUCAUCUGGUGGCUGAUAGCAUUCACCCAUGGAGAUCUGGAGGAGCUUCAUCUGCCCGAUAAUCAGGAGGCCAUCGGCUGGACUCCCUGUGUCUUUAACAUCAAAUCGUUCACCUCGUGUUUCUUGUUUUCGAUCGAAACGCAGCACACAAUCGGUUAUGGUGUGCGGACGACGACCGAGGAGUGUCCGGAGGCGAUCUUCAUCAUGUGCUUCCAGUCGAUCUACGGAGUCAUGAUCCAAGCCUUUAUGGUGGGUAUCGUCUUUGCCAAGAUGACCAGGCCGAAGCAUCGAACCCAGACGCUGCUGUUUUCGAAGACGGCUGUCAUCUGUCAGAGAGAUGGAGAGUUGUGCUUCAUGUUUAGAAUUGGUGACAUGAGGAAAAGUCAUAUUAUUGGGGGUAAUGUGAGGGCCCAGUUGAUCAGGAGUAAGAUCACUAAGGAGGGAGAGGUGCUGUCACAGUAUCAGACGGAGUUGGAGGUUGCUGUGGAUGGAGGAGCAUCGGAUUUGUUCUUCAUCUGGCCACAGGUCGUAUGUCAUAGGAUCAACGCUGACUCGCCGCUGUACAAUAUGUCGGCCUCUGAUAUGCUUCAAGAGAGGUUUGAGAUCGUUGUUAUUUUGGAGGGAACUGUCGAAUCUACGGGUCAGUCGACGCAAGCCAGAUCUAGCUAUGUGAAUACGGAAGUUUUGUGGGGCCAUCGCUUCGAGCCGGUCGUUUUCUACAAUAAGGAGAAUCAAGGGUACGAGAUCAACUACAGCAAGUUCCACGAGACUCACCAGGUGGACACACCCUUAUGUUCAGCCCGUGAACUUUCAGAGUUCUACAAGAUCCAGGACGACUACAGGAGUAACGACAACCUGGACAACAUCAGCUCGAAAACGCUGCUCGAAAAGCGCUGGCAGAGUAAGUAUCGCUCCCUGAUGGAUUCGAUCAGUCAGUUCAACCUGGAGGACGAAACGGGAUCCCUGAGGGUGACGGGACCCGGAAGCACCCGCAGCUAUCUUACCAUUCAGAAUGUUCCCUCCCGAAGACGGUCAAUUUUGCAGCUGGAGAAUCGGCUUCAACAUCUGUUCGAUGGACCACCACCAGUCGGGGCGAAUGGGGCUCGGCCUCCAAGCACAACUCCUCCGCCACCGAUCUGCGAGAACAAUGUCCUGGUGUUUACUCCGAAUCGAAAUGGACGACGGAUGUCUAACCGGUGAGAUUCGUUAUUCCCGGGUAGAUCACCCUCCAUUUCAUUGACAGAUCUUUAGAAGCAGCACAAUUCAGAAACAAAAAAAAAAUCAUUGGAAUCUUACCGAACCACUAGUAUUUUAAGUGCACGUCUUCAUUAAAAAGUUCAUGCGAUCAUGUAAAACAUGAAAGCGCCGCAGUUUCCAUUAGUGUUUUAAGACUAGGAAUUAAAUCUCGUUUAGCUAGGAACAAAAGAAAAAGUAUUAGUCGAACAAAUCAAUUGACGAAAAUGAUGAAAAAAAAACGAUCGAUGAGAAUAAAUGAAUAUGAAA